GCAGAACAACUAUCUACUGUAACUACAGGACAGGGGGAUUCAGCUGUCAUUUCAACCCUUCUCACUGUGGAGAGGCGACGCGUCUUGCUUUCACGUCACGAAGUAAAUAGCGGACAGGGCAGCACAAUCAUUCGGGGCAAUGAGGAAAUGGACAUCUGAUUCGUGAUUGACUCGUUGGACAGCUCCGAAUCUCAUUUAAUUGAGUCAGAGAAUACAGAAUCGAGUUUGCCAUGGGCCCGGUUCUCUUCGUGGCUGGAGUGUGUCUGCGUCGUUACCUUCGACCUCGGCCAAGCCAGAGCUGGUGUUCCCCACACCAUGUGAAACUCACUGAGAAGGAGCGAGCGCUGGCCCAUUUCUAUGGCUAUGUCUACUUCAGACAAGUCGAGGACGCCACCGUCAAAAGAGUCUACUUUCAGAAGUCUCUUGUACUGGUGUCCAGACUACUGUAUGCCCACCUCUUUCAGUCCUUGCUGCAGAUCAUAGCUCCAGAGUAUUUUGAGAAGUUGGAACCUCGCCUUGAAGCAGGUUGGGUAAUAUAUAACCUCUUGUCUUAUUUCUAAUUCAUCUCCCAUUAUAGUUAACUAGGGCUCUAAGGUACAGUCUGGACUCUA